UGCAGCCGCUGCAGUGGUUGCUGGGCGACGGCGGAGAGAAGCAGGUGGCUUGAGGUGGGGACCCGGACAGGCUUCCGGUAGGGGUGUAGAGGCGGUUCCGGGGAAGCCUGCGCCCCCAGGUAGGGGUGCUCCGGGCCGUCGGCCCCGCAGCCCGCCCCUCCCCGGGCCCAUGGCCGGGGCGGUGGGUGGGACAGGGGGCUCAGGCUGGACUUGGCGGCCGGUGGCGCGGGAUCCGCUGCUGGCGCGGGCCUUCCAUUCAUGCACCGAACUGCGGGGACGGUUCUAUCUGGUGGGGGGUCUCCUAGCCGGAGGAGCGAGAGAGCCGAGCAGUGAUAUGGUGGUCUUCGAUCCGGCUGAGGGCCAGGCCGUGCGGGUGGGAGCCCGGGGCGGCCCGAGGCGCAGCCACCACGACGCGGCGCUGGUGGGCGGGCGCUGGCUCUGUGUGGUGGGCGGCUGGGAUGGGUCGCGCCGCCUGGCCACAGUAAGCGCCCUGGACACCGAGCGCGGUGUGUGGGAGGCGUGGACCGCCGUCCCUGGCAGCUGCCCCCCUGCCGGCCUCAGUAGUCACACCUGUACCCGCCUCUCCGACCGAGAGCUGCGGGUGGCAGGCAGGGAGGGCGGGACUCGCACUCAGCGUCGUUAUGGAAGCAUCUACACGUUAAGGCUGGACCCUGGCGCCCGCACCUAUUGCUAUAAGGAAGAAGGCUACCACACAGUCUCACGUUCAGGUCACUGCGCUGCCCUGCUCCAAAGUCCUGGGCCCCACCCAGGUCACCAGCUAUUGCUCUUUGGGGGCUGCAACUCAGCUGAACCAGAAGUAGCUGGGCACUGGAGUCAUGGGAAGAUUAAGGAGGAACCACCUGUUGCCCCCCGUUUGAUGGAACAGCUUGCAAGUCUCGUGAGCAGUGGGCAGGGGUCCCGGCAGGGGCCUCGAGGACUCCGGCAUCACUCAUGUUCUGUGGUUGGGCCCUUUGCUGUGCUGUUUGGUGGAGAAACUCUGACUAGAGCCCGAGACACCAUCUGCAAUGACCUCUACAUCUAUGAUACCCGAAAGUCUCCUUCUCUGUGGUUCCACUUCCCCUGUGCAGACCAUGGGCUAAAACGCGUGGGCCAUCGGACCUGCCUUUGGAAUGAUCAGCUCUACCUGGUUGGGGGUUUUGGUGAGGAUGGCAGGACAGCUAGUCCACAGGUUUGCAUUCUGGACCUCUUUAUCUGAAGAACAGUGCCAAGAUACACCACCAAGCCUCUGUUUUUUGUUUGUUUGUUUGUUUUUGUUUUUUUUGCGGUACGCGGGCCUCUCACUGUUGUGGCCUCUCCCGUUGCGGAGCGCAGGCUCAGCGGC